AUGGCAACAAUUGACACAGAUUGGAUAAAUGAAAUUGUACUACCAGCAAAAAAAAAAUUAAUAUACGCAUCAUUUUCAAAAGAUGUAGCAUCAUUAGAAUCAUCAACAUCUACUCCAUGUUCAUUAAAUAAAGUUAAUCUUUUUUCUUCAACGCCACCAUCUGUAAUUCGUGUUAUAAUAUUACUACGUCCUCUUUUUGAAUGGGCAAAUUGGAUCCUUUCAUUGUUAACUUGGUCCAGCAAUGAUUCAUGGAAUAGCUUUCUUUUAGUUGUAUGCUGGUGGAUUUUUAUUUUUAAUAUAGAAACAUUAGUAAUAUAUGGGCCUUGGGUAGUGAUUUCAGUUAUGGCAUUUCUAUUUGUAAAAAAAAGAAGGGAAUUGAAGCAUGAACAUAAUAAAGCUUAUGUACAGAAUGAUUUGGAUAUUGUAAUAAAUCAAGCAGAGUUUUUUCGAGAACGACUUUCAAUUUUAAUGGCGCCAAUAAAUGAAAUAAUUACUUUUUUAAAUUGGUCUAGUCCACAAUUAUCAGUAACUAUCCUUAUUCGUCUUCUUUUUAUUUCGCCAUUCUGGAUAAUAAUACUUCAUUUUUUUAUUUCACCAAGACAGAUGAUAUUUUUUAUUAUUACAAUGAUAUUUAUAUGGCAUGCUCCAUGGGUAAAAGUUAUGCGAAUUAUUCUUUGGAGAAGUCGUUUAGUGAGAGCCAUAGCAGGAUAUAUUGUUGGUAUAAAUUUUAUGCCUAGAGAAAGUAAAAUUAUGCAAGGUUUUUCUAAAAGAAAAUCACAGAAUGAAACAGAUAUUUCAGAUAAAAGUGUUAAAUAUGCUUUUGUUUUAUGGGAAAACCAACGGAAAUGGAUAGGUUUUGGAUGGACAUGUAGCAUGUUUCCUCAUGAACGAACACCAUGGACUGACGAGGAUGGAUAUACUAGUACAAAUCCAGAUGCUUUUUUAUUACCUAAAGACAAAAUAGCUAUUCGAAUUGACCCUGAAACAGGUCGACAAGAGAAGUAUAGGACCUAUUGGGAGUGGAUAGAUGAAUCAUGGAGCAUUGAACAUAGUCUUAAUGAUUCAGGGGAUAAAGAUUCUGAUGGUUGGAUUUACACUGAUAAUUUAUGGAAAAAAGAAAGUUCAAAAGAUGAUUUUAGAAAAUAUACCAGACGACGUAAAUGGGUCCGUAAUGCAGAACUAUUUGAGGUUAUUCACGAAAUAAAAGAUAAUACUAAAAUAGAUGAUAAUGUUAUUAAUAAUGGGAUUGCAACUUGCUUAAAAGACAAUGAUUUUGAUAUUAAAUAA